AUGGCCACCUCUAUCCGAUCCAUCAAGGCUCUCGUCCCUCUCCUGGACCGCGUCCUUGUCCAGCGCAUCAAGGCCGAGACCAAGACUGCCAGCGGCAUCUUCCUGCCCGAGUCCAGCGUCAAGGAGCUCAACGAGGCCAAGGUUCUGGCCGUUGGACCCGGCGGCCUGAACAAGGAUGGCUCGCGCCUGCCCAUGGGUGUCGCUGCUGGUGACAGAGUCCUGAUCCCCCAGUUCGGUGGCUCUCCCGUCAAGGUUGGCGAGGAUGAGUACCAGCUCUUCCGUGACAGCGAGUAA